UAUUUCAAUAACUCAUAGAACGUUAAUCGCUGAAGAUAGAGUGGUAUAAAGCCUUGUGACAAAAAUGUAAAUUAGAUAAAAUAGAUACCUAUUUAGCUUUAUUUCUCAAGUUACAAAUACAAUUGGACGAGCGCAAUGUUUGCCCGAAUAGCACAAAGACGUCCGUUGGUGUUAUUAGCACAAAGGUCACAUCUAGAUGUAAGUUCUCGCAAAGUACCUCAGUUAUGCAGGACCCGGCUCGCACCAUUCCCGUCGUAUCGUGAAUACUACCAAAAACGUAAUGGAAGUGCUGAUGCAACUGUGAAUUCACGUAUAUGGAAUAAGAUCUUUGGCAAAUAUCUUUUAGCUACAAAUAUACUAAGCUCGGGCAUAUUAAUGGUGUUUGGAGAUAUGGUUGCACAAGAGAUUGAAUAUCGUCGUCGCGACACCGAAUCAGAUGAAUUUGAUAUUAAACGAGAACGCUAUGAUAAAAAACGAAUUUUCCGAAUGUUCGUGGUAGGAUCAUUACAAGGACCGCUUCAUCACUUCGUCUACAAGUGGAUGGAUUACGUGAUGCCAGUUGCUAAUUUAAAAAACACAUUUCGAAAAAUAUUGUUAGAUCAAUUAUUUAUGUCGCCAACUUGCAUUUUAAUAUUCUUUUAUACGGCCUGCUAUUUAGAGCAGCGAUCUAUACAAGAUACUAACAAGGAGCUAUGUGAAAAGUUUCCCGUUAUUUAUAUGACAGACUGGACGGUUUGGCCUGUAGUGCAGUUCCUGAAUUUUAGAUAUUUAGAUACUAAAUAUCGAGUAUUGUUCGUAAAUGUGUGUACAGCACUUUACAAUAUAUUCCUUUCGUAUAUGAAGCACGAUUAUUGAGGUGAAAUUUUCUGUUUUAAUUUAAUUUGUGAUAUAUUAUUUUUAGUCAGAUAUGUUAUAUGUAGAUUCAAUAAAAAUUUUCGGUGAGGCUUUUCUACAAUUGAAUUGUAGGUAAAAAUACGUAUAUUAGUUAUAAGGAUGUUAUAGAACAUUUUUUUUUUUUUGCUGUUUAUGCCAAGAAACAUAUCAUUAAACAACUGCCUCAGUAUAAAUAAACGAGUUUGAAUGUUUGUCUACUCAGCAAUGAUAUACAAAGCUUACUUUAAUUAUUUAUUUGUUUUACGAAUAGCACAGUCAUUUUUAACUAUACACUAGUA